CCUCCAGGGUAGGGGGUUCAGUCCCUUGCUGGUACCUGGGGGCAGUGUGGAGGAGGGGGAAGGAGCCUGGGAAGGACCAGUCGGGCAGUACAGAGCCAGGGGGCUCUUGUGUUCAAAGUGAGCUCUGCUGUGUGACCCUGGGCGAGUCACUUCCCCUCUCUGAGCCUCAGUUUCCUGACCCGUAAAGUGGGGCAGUGAUUACAGACCUGUAAGGACCCCUGUCGAGAUCAACAGGGUCAGGCCUGUUGAGGAGCAGCGCCUGCCCUCGGGGCCCAAGUCCUGAGUGGAGCCCCAAAGCGCGGAAGGGGCCCUGCUGAGAAUCUGGCGCUUGUGAAGAGCCUGGCCAAAGGACUGGCCCCUCCAUCUGUCCCCCCAGCAGGCUGUGAGCGGCUACUCGGUGGAAGUGUCCCCACCCACGCCUUUCUGGUUUAACUGGAAAACAAGGCCCCGUCCCACCUCCCAUCAGGAUGUGUUUGAUGGGAGGGAGCUGGCAGGUUUGUGGGCACAGGACACAAGGCCCCAACGGGCCAGGCUCCCCCUCGUCUGGGCCCUCCAGGCUUAGCGAUCCACCUGCCCGGGCUGGGGGCGGGGGGGUGGGGGUGGGAGGUGCAGGCACCUCCUGGUAACAAGCAGGCCUCGGGGGAGGGAGGGAGAGGUCUGGACGUAAGAGAGGACAGCUUCGAGAGGCCAGCCAGGCCCCUUCUGGGCAUUUUGUCCUAGCAGGUACAGCCUGAGCAAGAGUGGGCUAGACCGUGCUGGGAAUCUGUGAAGCCUGGCUUUGCUUCCCCCAGGUGAUGGGAAGCUCAUUCCUUCUAACUCCCCACGAGUGGCUCUGGCUUCCCGGGGCUUCCUCUUGGAAGCCGGUGACUGGUGUCAGGGCUGUUACUUCCUGACCUGCGACAGCCCUCGAGAGCGUGGGAAUAGGGUGAGCCUCAGCCCCACCCAUGAGUUGGGGGUCAGAUGGGAUCCCCGUGACCUCCUCGAAGCACCCCCCGCCCCCCAACUUCCCACCGGCCUGCAGCCUUCCUGCCUCUGGCCCUUUAAGGCCUGGGCAGGAAGCCCCUCCCCAUUUAGGGCAAUAAAUGGACACAUAAAAUGGCCGAGGGCCUGUUUGCUGGUGUCUGGCCUGGCUGGAGGCCUGUGAGGACAGGCGGGCUGGCAGCCCGGCAGCCACCCUGGGCCGUUGGUGCCCCCCACUCCCUAAUCGGGACGCUGCAUUCCUGUCCCAUUAAACCCCAGGCCGGGGACCGGGCCAGGCAGGGAUUGGCACCAGGUCAGGGCGGGGUUACCCGUUGGGACCAACCUUGCAACACAGGCCGCUGGCCUGGGAGGGGGCGGGGGCGGCUGGGCGUGGGCCUGGCGACCGCACCUGGGCACCAGACUUGCUGUGUGACCUUGGGCCGGCCACCUACCCUCUCUGGGUCUGGUUUUCCCCUCCAGGUGAGGGCUCCUCGCCCCUGGCUUCCUCCUGGGGCCUCACCACAUACUUCCUUGACACGCAGUAGGUGGGGAGGGGUCUGAAUUCCUGGAGUCACAUUCGGAGGUUAAGUUCAGAGUCCCCCCCCCCCCAUCCGCAAGGAGGCCGGGGGGGGGGGUCAGUAAGCAGCCUCACUGGGCCUUUGGGGACGCAUGCCGGCACACAGUAGGUCCUCAGGCAGAGUUUGCUGAAUAGGUGGGGCCGGGACCCUGGGCCUCAAGCAGCCCCAGUCCCCUUGGCACUUGUCAUGACCUCCGAGGAAACUGAGGCACAGAGAGGCCCUGCCUCUUGCCCAGUGUCCUACAGCCUGGAAGUGGAGGACCUGGGAUUUGGGCCCGGACUGCUGUGCACGGCACAUAGUCUCGGCGCGGAAGAUGGCCGGCGGUGUGGACGGCCCCAUCGGGAUCCCGUUCCCUGACCACAGCAGCGACAUCCUGAGCGGACUCAACGAGCAGCGGACGCAGGGCCUGCUGUGCGACGUGGUGAUCCUGGUGGAGGGCCGGGAGUUCCCCACGCACCGCUCGGUGCUGGCGGCCUGCAGCCAGUACUUCAAGAAGCUGUUCACGUCGGGCGCCGUGGUGGACCAGCAGAACGUGUAUGAGAUCGACUUCGUCAGUGCCGAGGCCCUCACGGCCCUCAUGGACUUCGCCUACACGGCCACGCUCACCGUCAGCACGGCCAACGUGGGCGACAUCCUCAGCGCCGCCCGCCUGCUGGAGAUCCCCGCCGUGAGCCACGUCUGCGCCGACCUCCUCGACCGGCAGAUCCUGGCGGCCGACGCGGGCGCCGACGCCGGGCAGCUGGACCUCGUGGAUCAGACCGACCAGCGGAACCUCCUCCGGGCCAAGGAGUACCUCGAGUUCUUCCAGAGCAACCCCAUGAACAGCCUGCCCCCCACCGCCGCCUUCCCCUGGUCUGCUUUCGGCACGUCCGACGAGGACUUGGACGCCACCAAGGAGGCCGUGGCCGCGGCCGUGGCCGCCGUGGCCGCCGGCGACUGCAAUGGCUUGGACUUCUACGGGCCGGGGCCGCCGGCCGAGCGGCCCUCGGCCGGGGACGCGGACGAGGGCGACAGCAACCCGGGCCUGUGGCCGGAGCGGGACGAGGACGCCCCGGCCGGGGGCCUCUUCCCGCCGCCCGUGGCCCCGCCGGCCACCGCCACGCAGAACGGCCACUACGGCCGGGGUGGGGAGGAGGAAGCGGCCUCGCUGUCGGAGGCGGCCCCCGAGCCGGGCGACUCUCCGGGCUUCCUGUCGGGCGCGGCCGAGGACGGGGACGGGGACGGGCCCGACGCGGAUGGGCUGGCGGCCAGCACGCUGCUGCAGCAGAUGAUGUCAUCGGUGGGCCGGGCGGGGGCGGCGGCGGCGGCGGCGGCGGGGGACAGCGACGACGAGUCGCGGGCGGACGACAAGGGCGUCGUGGACUACUACCUGAAGUACUUCAGCGGCGCCCACGACGGGGAUGUUUACCCGGCCUGGUCGCAGAAGGUGGAAAAGAAGAUCCGGGCCAAGGCCUUCCAGAAGUGCCCCAUCUGCGAGAAGGUCAUCCAGGGCGCCGGCAAGCUGCCGCGGCACAUCCGGACCCACACCGGAGAGAAGCCCUACGAGUGCAACAUCUGCAAAGUCCGAUUCACCAGGCAGGACAAGCUCAAGGUCCACAUGAGGAAGCACACGGGCGAGAAACCGUACCUGUGUCAGCAGUGCGGGGCGGCCUUCGCGCACAACUACGACCUGAAGAACCACAUGCGCGUGCACACCGGCCUGCGCCCCUACCAGUGUGACAGUUGCUGCAAGACCUUCGUGCGCUCCGACCACCUGCACAGACACCUCAAGAAGGACGGCUGCAACGGCGUCCCCUCGCGCCGCGGCCGCAAGCCCCGCGUGCGGGGCGGGGCGCUCGGGGGGCCCGACCCCUCCCCGGGGGCCGCCGCCCCGCCCGGCGCCGCGGCCCCGCCCGGCUCCCCCGACGGCCGGCGCAACGGCCGGGAGAAGCACUUUAAGGACGAGGACGAGGACGAGGACGAGGCCGGCGCCGAUGGCCUGAGCAGGUUGAAUGUAGCGGGUGCCGGCGGAGGGGGAGGCGACGGGGGCGCCGGGGCCACCGCCGACGGCAGCUUCGCGGCCGGACUUGCCUGAAAACCAAAAAGAGAAAACAGAAACCCGAGAGAGAGAGAGAGAGAGAGAGAGAGACAGAGAGAGAGAGAAAAUCACCCACCACCCCCCCAAAAACACAAAAAAAGAAAAUCUAUCUAUAUACAGAUAUCUAUAUCUAUAUAUAUAUAUACAGAUAUAUAUAUAUGAGGCGCCACAGAAUCUAGGGUAGUGCUUUUCUGAGAUUUUUCUCCUUCAUGAUGUUCUCUCCCUCCGCGGGGACCCUCGCCCCCGCUCCGGCUCCCCAUACCCCCACCCCGCCGACGGGUUUCGGGGCUCGGUUUGGGGUUUUUGUGGGACAUCUAGAUUCUGAGCCCCCCCCCCCCCCCCGCGGGGCACACCCAGCAUGGAGUCUGGGGUCCCAUCUGAGGCCUGGUCAGGGCCCCAGGCGCCAGGUGGGGGUGAGGGUGGCCGCGGGGGCUGGGGCACUGGGGUGGGCUUUUGUUUUGCAUCCCCUCGCUGGUUUCUAUGAGUCUUUCAGACAAGACCUUAAAUGAUCUCUGUCCGCUGUGAGUGGACGUUAAAAUGCACCCUGUCCCCACCCCCACCCUCCUUCCUCAGGGCACUUACUAAGUGGGGGUCUCCCCCCCCCCCCCCACCUCCCUGCCUCCCGCUCCUGCCUGUGGUCCUGUAUGUGUCCUGGCCGCUGUGACACAAAUCUAUUUAUUUCCAGGUCCGGAGAGGGGAGUCGGGGGAGGGGGUGCCAGGGUGGCUCCCUGGGGGGGGGGGGGCUGCCGCCGCCUCCCUUCACGGCACUUACGCCCUGGCGGACCCCCCCCCUCGGACUGCCGCUCAGGGCGCCCCGCCACCCCCCCCCCCCAGGCCGUGCUCCCUGACCCAGGCCACCCAGACCCCAUGAGACGUUUGGAGAUUCAAAACAUUUUUGUCUUUACCCUCCCCUUAGCCCUCUCCCCAGUUUUUAAAGCACUUUUUAGAUUUUUUUUUCUUUUCCUCCUUAAAAACAAAAUUUAUAUAUAGAUAUAUAUAGAUAUAUAUAUAUAAAAUAUACUUUCCUCAGAGGAGCAAAGCAACAGUGUGGGGUGGACGAGGCCAGAGCGGAGGGAGCCCAGGGUCUCGAGGUGGCAGGGAGGAGGGAAGAGUCCAGACGUUCUCGUGUCACAAAAGCAAUAAAGACAACAUUUUACAAAAUGAAAGGAAAAAAAAACAAAAAACCACAAAAAAACACACAAAAAAAAGACAACCAACCACAAAUAGAAGUCUUGGCACUUUGUAACAGAACGGGUACUAUACUUUAUCUUAAUUCUUAAUUUAAAAACAUGUUUACAAGUUGCAACCAACUUCUAUGAAAAGUCGAAAAGACAAAAAAAAUAAAAAAUAAAAGAGAGCGAGCGAGAGAGAGCGAGCGAGAGAGAGAGCAAAAAGAAAUUCCUAAAAGUCAAUUUAUUUUUGUACAAAAUAAUAAAAAAAAAAACCCACCGCAGAUGCAGAAUCCACUUCUGUUCCCCGAGGUGAGAGGGGUCAGGAAGGCACGGGGGCGAGGUCUUCUGAGGUAUUCGUGCUUUGACCCGGGGGCUUGCCUUGCAGGCAGGACCGUGGGGUUUUUUUGUGUUUCUGCCGUGUCCCCCCCCCCCCAUUCUGUCCCAUUUUGGUUCUGAUUCGGAGGUGUCUCAUCACCUGCCAGCCAUACGAUGGCCACCCGUGUCUGCGGGGACCCUCCUUACUGACUCCCCAGCUCAGGGAUGGGCCCGAGAGAGGGCUGGCCUUCCAACCAGCUAGAGCAAUCCAGUCCCCCCCCCCCACCCCCUGCCCUCGCCCCUCGCCCACUUUGGGGCUCCCCGCCCUGCAGCAUGGCCGCCCUUCCUUGUGGCCACCAAGGAGCCGCCAUCUGGGACAGGUCAACCCCGUCGAGGUGGGUGGCGGGGCCCCACCUCCAGGGCCUUAUAUUCCCCCAGGCACCCCUCUUUUUAUUCAAAGGCACUGACUGUAAUCUGGGGGCUGGCACCCGCCUCCCCCCAGCCUCUGGCUCCCCAAAGGCCCGGUACUGACCGAGCCACAGGCCACGGACGGGGGCCAGGGCUGGGGAGACCGUGUUGCCAGAGGCCAGGGCACCCUCACCCCAACGCCCUCUCGCAUAUGCAAUGCCUAGCGUGGGACCCUGUAAAUAGACGCUCUGUCAAGCCGAGACCCUCCCCCAUCAAAGCCCAAGGUGAGGGGUGCCCCUGCUCCCCCCCCCCUCCAGCUGCUGGCCCGUCUCCCUGUGCCCCUUUGCUCUGUGACAGACCCCGUCUUGUCUUUUUUUUUUUUUUUUUUUUUAAAGGGAAGCUUUUUAAGAAGGCAACUUUCAUCAUUGUUUCUACAGGAUACUAUUCAUCACCCCUCCCCCCGAGCCCGUCAGCCCCCCAAAUGUCUCAGGACCCCCCCUCCUGAGGGGGGGUGGCAGGGGAGCCCAGGGCCGGGUGGCCUCCCUCACACCCCGGUGUCAUAGAGUAAGCCCUUUUGGAGAACCAUCUGUGGAGGCCAAGCAGAGAGCUCGAGCGCCCAGGCCAGGGACCCCCCCCCACCCCACCCCAGCUGAGAGGUUCCCUGAGGGGACAGCCCUCUCCCCCCCCCCCAUACACCCCCUCGCAAUAAAACCAACUGAAAAAUCACAGCUGUCGUCCUGGCCAGUGGGGGCGGCUGGACUCGGGGUGGGGGGGAUCAAGGCCUCUGGGACUAUGGCGGGGGCAAGGGCUGAAUCCCCGCCGAGCACACUUUUAACACAGACUUCCUCGGGAAUUGCACUAAACCCCUGCCCCUAGCUCUGAGCUCCGCUUCUGAUCGCCCUGCCCACCCACUCCGCCUUAACCCCUGGCCCGCCCGCCCGUCCUAGGGGCCGCAGUGUCCGCAUGGGCCCAGCGCCGGGACCCCGGCCCCUGACCCCGCGCAAUCACAUACUGUACAUAGACGUGGAUCGAUUUUAUUUUUAUUCUUUAAAUUAAGGUCGUGAUCAAGUGUUGCCAAAGAUACUGCUGAGUUCUCGCGUUUCAGGAAACAAACAAACAAAAAAAAAAAUAUUUGAGGGGGAGCGUGCUGACUGGUCAGAAAGGACACAGCAAAACGUUUUUUUGUUUGGUUGUUUGGGGUUUUUUUUUUUUUUUGUGUUUUCUUUUUUUGGGGUGUUUUUUUUUUUUAACUGCCUGGUACAAAAAAAAAAAAAAGAAAAGAAAAACAAAGCGAAAUUGUUAUUUCCAUCAUCUUGGUGAAGUUGGGUGGAUGUGUGUGCGCGUGUGUGCGAGAGUGAGGUCCGGGCCAGGGGCUCCGGGCAGGGUUGUGGGGGGAGCUCCCGGGGGGGGGGGGGGGGGAGGUGUGUGCCGGAGGGCCUCCCCCAACACCCCCCGGAGCGGUCAGCUGACCUGUGGGACCUAGGAGAGAGGCUAACACCCUUGCUACUUCUCCCUGCCUAGCACCCCCCCACACCCUGACCCCACCUUUUGAGAUUAAGAAAAAAAAAAAAAAGCAAAAAAACACUACAAAACAGAAAAAAAAAAAAAAAAACUUAAAACCCAGUGAAUGUAAAGUUCCGGACCAGGCCCAGCCUGGCACGGGUGUGGGCCUGCGCCUCUCCGGGUUCCAGCAGGCCAUACCAAAGUCGGCCCCCCCUUGGGUGGCUUGCCCAGGAGACCCCCCCUGUGGCCAUCUCGUCGCCAUUUGUACCUGGCUGUCCCUUUGCUUCCUUCCGGGGUUGGGGGGGGUGGUGGCGGGAGCCGGGGGGGGGGGGGCAGCAGCAUUGGACACGUCGCGCAUGGUGGGGUCGAGGCUGGGCCGGGCGGGGGGAGGGGCCCCCCAGGACCGAGGCAGUCCAGGCAGCCGGGAUUGUAGGAGGCCAGACAGAGUGAAAGGAAAAGCAGGACAAAAAAUUUAAAACAGAAAAAAAAAAAAAAAAAAAAAAGCAAAAA